AUGAUACUUUGCCCCUGUUGUCAAAGACAAUAUGAUGUCUUACCAACAUAUUUAGUCCAUCAAUGUGAUUGUCGUUUCAAUCCAUGUAAAAUGAUGGAUUUCAUGGAAGGUCCACCAAGUAAAAGACCUAGAUUGGAACCAACACAAUCAUCAUCAUCAAGUUCCUGCUCUUCAUGUUCAAAUUGUAGUGACUGUUCUCUUUGUGCUGAAGCCUUGAGAAAUAUGGUUCCAACUAUUGAACAAAUCGAUCCACAGCAACCAGAACUUUUUCCUGAUCCACCAAUUAGAGUUGAGCCAGAACUUUUUCCUGAACCACCAAUUAGAGUUGAGUCAGAACUUUUUCCUGAACCACCAAUUAGAGUUGAGUCAGAACUUUUUCCUGUACCACCAAUUAGAGUUGAGCCAGAAGAGAUUAUACUAUCUUCACAAUCAACUAUAGAUUUAUCUUCUGAUGAAGAAGAUGAGCAACCAAUGGAUUUGUCUGUUAUCAGACCGAGAUAUUUAGUUCAAUAUCGUUCACCAGAUAUUGAUUCACCGGAUAUCAAUGAAGUGAUGACGACUAAAUUUGAAGAUAUCAGGUCACUUAUCAACACUUUAAUUGAUGAAUUUGGAGCAAUUAAGUUCAGUAUCGGUAUAAUUGUUCAGUUCAAAAAUGAAACCACUGAAAAGACUGAUAAAGGUUGGUUUGAAUCUGAUCUUACCCCUUGUUUAGCUGGUUCGAACAAAGAUUCGUUGAUUAACGAUUCAUAUGAGUUCUUAUGUGAUCGUAUCGAUCAAUUUACUCAGCGUGGAUCUGGAUGGACUGUCAACAAAAUCUUGUCUAUUGAUUUAGCUGCUGGUAAAUUCAAACCUUUUCGUGGUGGUUGUAAUAACAACCAGAUUCCAUUAUUUCUUAGGAACAAGAAAUGUUUGAUCUCCCCUCAAACUGAUACAGACUGUUUCAUGUUUUCGAUAAAAUUGAUAGAUUCUCACAAAAAUAAUCUAUCAAUCAAUGUCUAUACCUGUUAUCCAGAUAGCAAAGCUGUGGUACCACUCCAAAUCUGUGAUCACGAAAAGGAAAAACAUGUUGACUUAUUUCUAAUCAAUCAACAUUAUUAUACAAUCUCAAAUUUCAACCGAUUAGUCUCUCACACUGAGAAAAGAGCUAGAUUUUUCUGUAAAAGAUGUCUUUGUUCAUUCAGUUCGAGUGAAAAGCAAGCAUUUCAUUUAAAUGAAUGCCAAAAAGUUACUGCUCAAAGACUCAUCUUACCGGAUGUUGGUAAUUCAACACUCAAAAGGAAUCAAUUCCGUAAAGAGGUACAGUUUCCUGUCUGUGUUUAUGCAGAUUUUGAAACAUUGAAUGUUAAAAAUACUUGUGAAAAUAAUACCAUCAGUGAUUUGGUACCUUGUAGCUACGGACUUGUAGUAGUCGACUGGAAUGGUGAAGUUAUUAGUAAAGACUUCUAUCUUGGUGAAAAUGCAGGAGUUAAAUUCUUAGAAAAGCUCAUAAGUCUAGAGCCAUUGAUACGUCAACACAUUUCUUCAAAUAUCAAGCCUUUGUCUUUAACUUCUUCUGAAGAAAAACAGUUUAAAGAUUCAACUGUCUGUCAUAUUUGUUCGAAACCUCUAGGGACAAAUACAAGUGUUCGUGACCAUGAUCAUCUCACCGGUAAAUUUCGAGGUGCUGCUCAUCAGCUCUGCAAUUUGGAGUAUCAAGUACCUAGUCAGAUUCCGGUUGUAUUUCAUAAUCUGAAAAAUUUCGACGGUCACAUUAUAAUCAAAGCUCUGAGUUCAUCGAUGUUCACAAAUAAACCUCAAAUCAUCGCUCAUUCCACUGAAAAGUUUAUUGGGUUCAUAAUCGAUAAUUUCAAGUUUAUGGAUAGUUUUGCUUUUCUCCCAGCAAGUUUGGAUGCUCUGUCAGCAAAUUUAUCAACUGAUGAUAAACUAUUUUAUCUCAGUCAGCUGUUCACUGGCGAUUUAUCCCUUUUAAUGAAGAAAGGAUGCUUACCUUACGAGUACCUGGACUCAUUUGAUCGAUUCACUGAAACUUCUUUGCCAAGUCGAGAUCAAUUUUAUUCAAGUCUAAUGGAAUCAUCAAUUUGUGACGAGAUAUAUAAUCACGUCAGAGACGUCUGGUCUCAUUUUGACUGUGUAACAUUGAAAGAUCUUCACGAUAUUUAUCUAAAGACUGAUGUUGUUCUAUUAACAGCAGUUUUUGAGAACUUUAGAAAAAUGGCACUUACAAGUUUUGGUAUUGAUCCUCUUCACCAUUUCUCUUCACCUGGUUUGACUUGGGCUGCAGCUCUAAAGACAACAGCUAUCGAACUUCAGAUUUUUUCUGAUGUUGAUAUGUUGUUGAUGAUAGAAUCGGGAAUAAGAGGUGGUUUGACAAUGGUCAGCAAACGAUAUGCUAAGGCAAACGACCCUGAACUACCGGCUUACAAUCCAGAAGAACCUAAUAGUAAAAUUUUAUACUUGGACGUCAAUAACCUUUAUGGUUAUGCUAUGUCACAGUAUUUACCGGUUGAUGGAUAUGAAUGGUCUGAUAAACCGUUAGAGGACAUUUUGAACACUUCAGAUGUAUCAAGUGUUGGUUACAUACUUGAAGUGGAUCUAGAAUAUCCUUCUGACCUCCAUGACUUACAUUCAGAUUUUCCUCUAAUACCAGAGAAAAGAAAAGUUGAUUCAACAAUGUAUAGCUCCUAUCAACAAGAGCUACACACAGAAUUGAGGAAUCGUGGAAUCAAGUUGGUUUCCUCCACUAAACUUGUAACUACUUUCUUACAAAAAAUCAAAUAUGUUGUGCACUACUCAAUCCUAAAGUAUUACGUUGAGCUAGGAAUCAAAAUUACCAAAGUUCACCGAGUGAUUAAAUUCAAUCAAUCACCCUGGUUAGCACAAUAUGUCAAUUUCUGUACUUUAAAUCGUCAAAGAGCAACGAGUGACUUUGAAAAAGACUUUUGGAAGUUGCUGGUAAAUUCCAUCUACGAUAGUUUGAUCUACCAUCUCAAAACUGAUAAUAUGAAUCAUGAUCUUCAAAUUUUAUCUCACCUUAUGGAUUUCUCCAACUAUCCACAAUCACAUAAUCUUUUUUCAAACGAGAAUAAGAAAAAGAUUGGGUUUGUUAAGAAUGAAGUUGCUGGUGAUGAAAUCUUAGAGUUUAUCGGGAUUAAGCCAAAACUUUAUGCACUAAAGACAUUAUCAGACGUCAAAAAGAGAGCAAAGGGAGUUCCCCGAGUCUCACUGAGUAAGAUAACUUUUGAUGAUUUCAAGAAUUGUUUGAUGAAUGAGUCAACUGAAAAUGGAACAGCUUCAAGAAUCCAAUCAACCAAUCAUAAUAUCCAAGUAGUAUCUCAAACAAAACUUAUGAUCACACCGUUCGAAGAUAAAAGAUAUUACCUUGAUAAAAUUAACUCUGUACCAUAUGCACAUUACAAAAUUUAUAACAAUCUUAUUUAA